CCCUCAAAAUUUUCCAUCAUUUUCACGGAGAAAUUACCCAAGCGUUCCAGCACCCAUGCCUUCCCCUGUCGGCUCCCCCACAAGCUCCCAGUCGGUGACUCAGACCGUCAACGGUUCUCACAGUUUCACUAUCAAGGGCUACUCCUUGGCCAAGGGCAUGGGCAUCGGGAAGCACAUAGCCAGCGAGAGCUUCACCGUCGGCGGCUACCAGUGGGCUAUCUACUUCUAUCCCGACGGUAAAAACCCGGAAGACAAUUCUACUUAUGUCUCCGUUUUCGUUGCCCUUAUGUCUCCGUUUUCGUUGCCCUAGCCAGUGAGGGCACCGACGUCAGGGCUCUCUUCGAGCUCACACUUUUGGACCAGAGUGGAAGGGGCAAGCAUAAAGUGCAUAGCCAUUUUGAUCGCGCUCUCGAGAGCGGCCCUUAUACGCUCAAGUAUCGGGGCAGUAUGUGAGUACUCUCGAUACUCUUAUGGCAAUUGCAGCAUUGGCUUCUUGUGGUGCUAUCUGUUCACUAGUUCCUUCAAGAAAGCAGCAUCAUCAUCUGGAUCAAUUCAGGCAGGCUAUUGUAAAGCACGGCUGUGCUGAGUUUCUUAGUAGGUCUCGAAGAACGUAUCCUAAAGAGAAGUUGUGGAAUAGUCCAAUGAGUCCACCGGCAUGGUCAAACUCUUCUGUUAAAGGUGUACUUUCAGCCUCUACCAAUUCAGGGACAAAGAAACCUGGUGUACUACUCAACUCUCCACGUAGACACGGUAAUCAGAAGAAGUUCACAAAGCAAGAAUGGGAAAGAUUUCACUCGAGAAUCAACCCGAAUAACUAUGGCAGAACUGGCAGCAACUCCAGAAUUCACUAACUGGGUCAUCGAGCGUGCAGACCGUAUAAAGGUCAUUUCAAAUGACAGUUCAGAUGAAUCAAUUGGGAGCAAAUCGAGUUCUAUAGACGAAGAAGCUGAAGAGAGCAGCAGUCAGUUUAGAUUCUUUAGUUGGAAACCGUGAAGUUGAAGAUAGAAUUAAGCCGUGAAUUACACAAGAACAUGUUGAAUUAGCAUCAAAUUUAGGAAAUUUAGCAGCCAUUUGCCAAGUGCAAUCUCUGUGAGCAUUUAGCAUGACAUUUUCCAAAAAAUUAACUGACCACGUAAUGCAGACGGUAAGACUGUUUACCAUUUGAUGUAACUUGAGUAAUGUACAGGCGAAGCUAGGAGAACUGCAGGUAUGUAAUUUAGUUUUUUUUGUAGUAGAUGCAAAUUCGAUUCGUUAUACCAUUUGUUACAAUAUUUUAUGGGGCCACACCAAUAUAUCUUAGAGCAUGAA